AGAGUCCUCAUGACAUCGUGAUGCAGAAACAAUCCACAAAAUUACUAGGCCUACGUAGAACUCCAGAGGAGUAAUCGUAAUUAGAUCUGCGUCCUCGCAGCUACCCUCGGCAAUUGGUGACUGCCGGAUCAAGUGCUAGAACUAGUAGUGCAUCACGAUUUUACAACAUGAAAAAGCAGAACGGCGCUGCGAAGUGAAUGCACUGAGUAGAAGCUUAAACCUUUCCGGAGUAUAUGUAGCUCCUGUUGGCUUAUUUUCACUUAUUCAGCUGUUGGAACUGACUCCGCCUCCAAUUAUCGGCCCCCGUAGCUAGUUGUGCAACAGCACAUCAAAAAUCACGAUCAUGUCCUUCUUCUUCACGUCCACUUUUCGUCACCUCCCGCAAACCGCCCUCCGGCUCACCGGCGCCACGACCGCGGUUUCUUGUGAGGAAAUCCGGAAGGGGGAAGUGGUCAACUGGUCAGGUACCAGGAAAUCCGGCAAGAAUGCCGAGACGGUUGUUGUGGAAGAUACAGAGGAUUUGGCGACAUUUAUGGAGAAAAGAAAGCAGGAACUGCUGAGCCAAAGACUGUACUCUCCGUCGUACCGCAGAAGUCAUCAAAGUGGCACGACAAUCACGAACCUCGCGGAUGCCAUCCCGCGGCAGAAUUUCCUCCGACCUCUAGGUGCGUGUUUGAGUCCGAACGGAGCAGGAUUGAUCGCUGUGGAGGAGGAGGAAAUACUGAAGAACAUCAAAGCGGAUGAAAAUGAUUUCACAUCCAGCAAUACAAACUCCCCUUCAACAACAACAGCACCCGCUGCUCAAAUGUUGUCCUGCGAAAAACUUCGGGACAUCAAAAUCGACAAGGAAAACAUGACCAUCACUGUUGGUGCGGGCUGCACGGUGCAGGAGGUGUUGGAAACUUUGGAUGAGCAGAAUUUGACUCUCUCGAACUUCUCCUCUGUCACCGACCAAACCAUCGCAGGGUGGACGCAGGUUGGAGCGCACGGAACGGGGGUGUACGAUUCAACGGUAGAUGACAUGGUGGUUGGUAUUGAGGUCGUCACGCCGAGCAGUCACGGGGUCGUGAAAUUGGACAAGAAACAGCUGGAGGGAGAACUUUCAAAAGCUACAUCCUCUAGUAAUGCAACGGCCGGAUCCACUACUACUGCACUUUCUUCCUCGUCUUCUCAACUCGCGUCCAAACUCGAGGAUUUCUACCAUCUGCGCUGCGGCCUGGGUUUGUUCGGCGUGGUUUCCUCCCUGACGCUGAAGGUGGUGCCGAAAUUUCAGCUGAAAGAGUCAAUCUACGUUUUGACCAGGAAAGAAGUGGUGAACGGGCACCGGGAGCGGAUCAGGAGACACCGGCUAUGAAUUGCAAGAGCAUCGUACUAGUACAAAUUGCAUAUACAGAUUUUCUCAGCGUGAAAAAUUGAAUUUGUCACUCUGUUUUACCUUGCUGGAAAGAAAAUUUGUCAUGCAUGCCUGCAAGUAGUACGGGUACGAAACUUUUGCACAGGAUACCGGCACGUCAGGUACCACUGGAUCCCCUGGACAGAAGACGUGGUGGUCACGGUGUGUGAUCCAGUGCUGGGGAAUACUUCAAGUUCUGGCUCCAAUAUAUCGACUGCGAGGUCACUGGAAAAAAUGCAACCUGACAGUGAAGAAGACGACGCAGAGGAAUCUUCCUUCGCGCCAGAAAGGGAGUCGUAUCUGACAAAACUGUAUCCUGUGCAAAAGUAUCGCACUCGUACAAAUGCAAGUCUUGCAUUACAAAUCUUGUUUUCAAGGGCAAGGCAAAUCCGCAUUACAAAUUUUAUUUCUAAUGCUGAGGACGAGAUUUGUAAUGCAUUUAUACGAAUACGAUACUUUUGCAGUUCAUAAACUGAACGAAAAAACCAACACGAUCGGUGCUUUAGACACAGCAACCGUGAAGGAGGUGAACCAGAUAUCAAACAAAAAGGUGCUAUACAUUAACGGUUUCCAGAGGUUGCAGCUAUGCACGACAGAUUUUUCCUAGAAUGCACGGCAUGCAAUACAAAUUUAGGCUCCCUUUCUAAUGCGGUCCUGCAUUACAAAUUCCGUUAACGUUAACGCUUUUUCCUGUGAUACCAAAAAGAAGCACAGUUUUGGCGGAAUUUGGUGCAGAAAAGGGGAAAACGGUUUACGGAGGAAUUGAAGAGCCAGGACGUCGGAGGCGGUGGGUAUCAUUUCUACGGUGAGCCGUUGUCGAAAACAAGCAACAACAGAAAUUCGCUAUCGCUGAGGAAUCGGUCUGCAAGGUCCGGCGCUCAACAAGACGCCCUAUUCUCUGAUUUCGACCCGAGGUCUUCUCAUUUUCAUUGGAACAUGGACACGGCGGCGACGAUAAGAAAUUCUUCUUCAUCUUCAUCCGCCUCCAGAUCUAGCACGACGUCAGCCAAAGGAGCCAACACUUUCAAUUGCAAAGCCCUUCAGAGACAAGCAGACUCCAAAGACAUCCUCGGUUUCCAGUGCGGAGGAUCGCAGCACGUCAUGGAGAUUUGUUUCAAAGUGAACGACAAAGACUUCAACUCCCCCAUGACCAGUUUCUCCCGGCCGGAGCACAGUCUGGACAACGAUCUCCACUACAUGCUGGAACUGCUGGAUAUGGCGUUCGCAGACGUUACAUUCUCAACUGUUACAUGAAAUUUGUAAUGCAAGAAUGGCAAAAGUGAAGGGGAAAAGAUUGCGCCUUUUGCAUUACAGGUUUGGGGCCGAUUGUCUUUGUCAUGGUAUCUAGCGCGUCAAGAACGUGUCAUGCGAAGCAGCUUGGUUAUGUAGAUGUAGAUGCUGGUCGUGCCAAUUUUGCAUGACAAAGUCAUGUAACAGCUGAGAGUGUAAUGUUUGAGAGUCCCAUACUGGAAAAGGUGGAGCGGCAGGAAAUCGCCGCGCCGUCCCCAAUCGAACAGAGGUGGACCAAAGCGUCGAAGAGCUACCUGUCCCCGUGCUACAGCGAGAAGGACAGCGAUAUCUUCACGUGGAUUGGCGUGAUCAUGUACCGGGUGACACCUUCGCCAGAUGCAGUUACAGCAACUCCAGCACCGGCGGGAUCCGAAUCCGAAUCUUCAUCGGAGGACCACCAUGCGGUAAAAAUGCAAUCAGAUUCAUCCAACCAGGAGACGUCCUCGAUAUCAAAUGCAAGUCUGUCUGGGUCUGGAAGAUUGCAAGUUUGUCAUGCUUGUCUCACAUGACUCUUGACUUGAACCUGUAAUGCACUUGACAGGAAAUAAAGAGCCUCUUGCCUGUCAUGCAAAAAUGUAGUUUGUCAUGCGGAAAGCGAAACACAAAGGAGCCCAGAAACUUGUCAUGCGUGGCUGCCUAUUGGAGUGUCCUCGCAAUUCAUAUUAUGAAUUGCGAGGACACUCCAACCAUAUUUGCGAAUUUAUGACAUAAAUUAGCAUCACAAGUUUCCAGACCCAACCAUAUUUGCGUUUGAUAGUCGAGAACGUUAGCCGAUAUCGAAAACUACUUCAACUACUACGCGGGACAGCACCUCGCUUUGUGCCUCCGGUAUAAUGGGGUGGUGCAUUGGGGCAAGAUGCCGCGGUUUUUCGAACAAGAUUUGUACCCGUUGGCGAAAGCUUGUGUGAAGAAAAGAUUUGGGGAAAUGAAUUUAGAAAGCGUCGGGAUGGUUCGCAGGAAAUACGAUCCACUAAAAAUGCUCGGAAUGGCGCCGUGGGAGUAUUGAAGAAAUGACGGUUACCGGCGAAUCUUCAGAAUUUUUUCUUGACUUUGAGACUAAUACGCGUGGCACUGUCCUCCUAUCUACUGAAGGCUACGCCGGCGUGUUUGUGUAGUGUUGCGAGUAGAACAAGUACUAGUUUCAGAUCUAACCGAAGCGGCUGCGUCUCGUACGGUUUCGCUCGCGAUGAGCAUUGAGAAGAUCUGGAACUGUGAUACCUAC